AUGGCUAGACACACAACACUGCUCGCCACCCUCCUCCUCGCGGCGCUCGUCGCCAUCGCCUCCGCCGAGCCCCGUGCCACCCGCCGCCUCCUCGCCGACAACGUCGCCGCCGUAUGCCAGUACGUCACCGUCCCUCAGCUCUGCACGUCCCUGGCCGCGAGGUCGGGCGCCACGUCCUUCCAGGCCCUGACCGUCGCCGCCGUCAACGAGGCCUUGUCCACGGCCGAGGAGGCGAAGGCCACAGUGGACAGGAUCGUCGCGGCGCCGAUCACAGACGAGAAGCUGAAGGCCCAACUCGGCGUGUGCUUGGAGAACUUCGGGUACGCGGUCGACACUCUCCAGAAGGCGGCCACGGACCUGCAAACCGGAGCAGCACACAGUCAGUCAGUCUCCCACAUCUCGGCGUCGGUCACCUACGUCGGCAACUGCAACGACGCCUUCAGCGAGAACCCCGGUCUGGUGUCGCCGGUGGCGGACAUCACCGGCAUUCUGAAGAAGUUGGUCAGCAACAGCCUGGGUUUGGCCAUAGGCGUACAUAUGCAAGCAUCCCGCAACUGA